AUGCUGCCCGUCGGUGAACAUCACUCGGUGAUCGCCGGUGUCCGGUGUCCGGCGUCCGGUUGCCACUGCACUGACCCCCUGCCGUCGUUCGCUCGUUGCGUUACACGCACACACGCACCGACCGUGCUGCGUGCUGCGGCUGCGUGCUGCGCUGACGACGAGCUGAUUCGAGCGCACGGGCCAUCACUACUUCUGCGUUGCCUAGCCCCCGGUCUUAAUUUCGCACAGUUGCGAGUCAACCCUCGGCUUUGGCCGUUAGCGGCCAGUACGGUACACCUCACUUCAUAUCACCUCCGCCUCUGCGUCCGCCACACCUCACCUCCACCUCACCUUGAUUCCGCCUCGCUCGGAAAUGCCACGGGGAAUCUUUUGGACCAGUUCGUUGUCUUUGAGUACUCGCCGUAUGACCUGGUGGACGCACCUUCGCUGAAGAGCCACAGUUUGGACCGUCGGGCACGUUCCGAACGCGGCGGCACUGCUCACAUGCCUGCCGUCAGCUUCCUGUCCGACAGUCACCUAACACUCGCCCAGUCGCCACCGUCGACGCAUAAACUUGCUUCCGUUCUUGACACUCGUCUUGUACUUCUGGGUGUUUUUUAUCCUCGGUUAGCGGCUUAUGUAUUUUUGGUGUUGCCUAGAUUCAUGAAACCUCCGUGGGUGUUGUAG